CGGGCUAGACGAGCUGAAUUUGAAGGCAGUCAGACAGUCCGGCCUGUGAACAUGGCGGCGACUAUGCUGAGGUCGCUCUCCAAACUCGGACGUCCUUCAGCGGCGAUUUUAAACAGCAGCGCUCUGACCCCGAGCUGCGCUGUGCUUCAGAAGAGGCAGAAGCAAUGGCAGCCAGAUGUGGAGUGGGCAGAGCAGUAUGGAGGUGCAGUGAUGUAUCCUACUUCCAUCACUGAAAAAUGGGUACCACCACCAUGGAACGACAAAGACCCUCCAGCAGAGAAGGAAGUGUCCAACCUCACUAUAAACUUUGGUCCCCAGCACCCUGCAGCCCACGGUGUGCUGCGUCUGGUGAUGGAGCUGAGCGGCGAGUCGGUGAAGAAGUGUGACCCUCACAUCGGCCUGCUUCACCGCGGCACUGAGAAGCUCAUAGAGUACAAGACCUAUCUGCAGGCACUCCCAUACUUCGACAGGCUGGACUAUGUGUCCAUGAUGUGUAAUGAGCAGGCCUACUCCCUGGCAGUGGAAAAGUUGCUGAACAUCCGGGCUCCACCCCGUGCCGAGUGGAUCAGAGUUCUGUAUGGAGAGAUGACCCGUAUUCUGAACCACAUCAUGGGAAUCACUACACACGCUCUGGACAUUGGUGCCAUGACCCCCUUCUUCUGGAUGUUUGAGGAGAGAGAGAAGAUGUUUGAGUUCUAUGAACGAGUGUCUGGAGCCAGAAUGCACGCGGCUUACGUUAGACCUGGAGGAGUUCAUCAGGACAUGCCUCUGGGUCUUAUGGAUGAUAUUUACGAGUGGUGUAAGAACUUCUCGAUAAGAAUCGAUGAAGUGGAGGAGAUGCUGACCAACAAUCGCAUCUGGAAGAACAGAACUAUUGGUAUUGGGGUUAUUGGAGCAGAAGAGGCACUCAACUAUGGCUUCAGUGGCGUGAUGUUGAGGGGCUCUGGUAUUAAGUGGGAUCUGAGGAAAUCUCAGCCAUAUGACAAAUAUGAUGAGGUGGAGUUUGACAUACCUAUUGGAAGUAAUGGGGACUGCUAUGACAGAUAUCUGUGUCGAAUUGAGGAGAUGAGGCAGUCUUUAAGAAUCAUGCACCAGUGUCUCAACAAGAUGCCUGAAGGAGAAAUCAAGGUGGAUGACGCCAAGGUCGCACCCCCCAAGAGAUCUGAGAUGAAGAUGUCGAUGGAGUCAUUGAUUCAUCAUUUUAAGCUCUACACAGAGGGUUACCAGGUGCCUCCAGGCGCCACAUACACAGCUGUUGAAGCACCAAAGGGUGAGUUUGGGGUAUACCUGGUCUCUGAUGGUUCCAGCAGACCCUACCGCUGCAAGAUCAAAGCUCCAGGCUUUGCUCAUUUGGCCGGUCUGGAUAAAAUGUCUCAGGGACACAUGCUUGCUGACGUCGUGGCCAUCAUCGGCACUCAGGACAUUGUGUUCGGUGAGGUGGACCGUUAGUGAGCUGUAGUGACUGACUGGCUUGUGUUCAACCAUUUAGUUCUGUCGUUCAAACUCACUCUGCUAAUGCUAUGAUUGACAACUUCAGUCAAGCCUUUCUAUGUAUAAAAGCUUAUUAAACUUAAUAAAUAUUUUAAGUGUGA